CUUACCUGUAGGGACUGAAUAGGGAAGUGAAAUACAAGUACUAUUUAUAGACUUCACAGUUCCCUUUCCUGGUCGACAACAGAAGACAUUGUCGCCCUGCUAACUUGAGUGUUACGACGUUACCUUUUCACGGACAGCAGUCGACUAUCGAUAGCCUUGAAACACAGCCAUGGCAGCAUCACUUUUCCUGACACUAGUCCUCCUGGCCGCCACCGCCGCACAAGCCGUGCCGGUGCCUGAAGCGUGGCUAGAUGCUGAAUCUUUCCUCACCAUCUUCGCCUUCAAGGGGCCUGUGCGCUGGUCUAACUGUGGUGAUCCCGCCACUCAGAGUUUUAACGGAACCAUCAGCCCAAACCCACCAAUCAGAGGAGGGAAGAUCAAGGGUUCUAUUGCCUUUGUACCAGACGCUGAUUUUACCAGUGGGAAGCUCAGUGUGGACCUGUGGUACAACGGCUCCCCUGCGAUCCAGGUGCCUUUCCCUAUCAAGUGCAACCCCAGCACCAAGGGGUACUGUCCCAUGAAGAAGGGAGUGAAAGUGUCUGCAGCCAGAGCUGUCACCGUGCCGAAAUAUCUGAGGCCGGGACACUACAACGGCACGGCCAUCUUGCUGAAUCAGGACAACCAUCAAAUGUUGUGCAUCAAGGCAGAGGGGGACCUAGCCUAAAGCUGUGGGAGCGUCUAUCAGACUGUUUCAGUAACAUUCCUUAUUCAAUGGCGCUAGAAUAAGCUAUCCUCAAAUUCCCAGUACCAUCACAUUCGGCUUUUGUACAUGUAUCUAUUUAACGGAAAAUCCACGCCCAAGCCGAGCAUUUUUUUUCGGAACUGCUGGUAGCUCUAACUGCUUUUAAUCAUUGCUGUGACAAUCAUCAAAUACGGCUUCAAGACGUCUAGACGCUUUGCUGCAUAAUUAACAUAACGUUAGGCCAUGGAGGAUGUCAUAAUGAUAUCAUAAUGCCUUAUUGGCAAGAAUUGAGCUAAGGAUAAAUCGAACUUUGUAAAGGGUAUUUUAGCCGUUCUGUGGACAAUGUCGACAGUGUCUGUUUUGUCUUGAAAAUCACUGCGCCCUUUAGAGUAUAUGCUAUCAUGAAUAACAGAAGCCUGGCUAAAAUCGCGCUCCUAGCGGUCGGCCUUACAGUUGCCACCACCUAGGAGAGAGUGGGGUCAUUAACCUCAUGUGUAAACACAGGCGAAAACAACAGAAGCCAAUUGCAUUCUUGACCAUACUUGUAUCUUAAAACACGUGAUAUGACUGUAAUUUCCACUGGAUAAGUUAUACAUGUAGGUUUACUGUGGAAUACAUGUAUUCAGGUACUGAAAAUAAAAAGUUUAAUGAAAGUUG